UUGGUGGUGGACAAACGUUUGAGGGAAUUCAACCCGAGUCCUCCAGCUCUUUAUAUAUUAAGCAACAAACUUACUCAACUUUUGUUCAGUCUGUGGUCCAGUUGACGAGACAACACAAACAACAUAUCAAUUGUUUAUUUAAAUCAAAUUUAUCAAUAAAAUAUGUUUUUAAAUUUAUUAAUAUACGAAUAAAAUCGUGUACAUUUUUUUAUAUUUUUUUUUCAAUAUCAAAUUUUUGUUUAUUAUAUAAAUAAUUUUGUUAAUAUUAUAAUAUAUUUAUAAAUUUAAAAUUUAAAACAACAACAAUAGAAAAAAAAUCAACGAGAUAAUCAAGUUUAAAAAUAAAAAAAAAAUAUUCAAAAAUGUCAGGAAUAGUGGAUUGGUACAAUGACCUCAUGCAAAAUAAAAUUGAUCGAAGAACAGAGGAUUGGUUUUUAGUUGUUGGACCUGGUCCACUUUUAAUAAUAAUAGCAUCAUAUAUAUAUUUUAGUACAACCGCUGGUCCACGUUAUAUGCGUGAUAAAAAACCAUAUUCAUUAAAAUACAUAUUAAUUGGAUACAACAUAGUACAAGUUAUUUUUAGUUAUGUGAUACUGCAUGAAGGUCUAGCCGGUGGAUGGUUAAAUGAUUACAGCUUUGGAUGUCAACCAGUUGAUCGUUCAAACAGCCCAACAGCACUUCGAAUGGCAAGAGCUGUAUGGCUAUAUUAUAUCUGCAAAUUAAUUGAAUUUUCUGAUACAAUAUUUUUUGUAUUACGUAAAAAAGAACGUCAAUUAUCAUUUCUUCAUAUAUUUCAUCAUUCAAUAAUAACAUUAGCAGCAUGGAUCGCUGUGAGAUUUUAUCCAGGUGGUCAUUCAACAUUACUUGGUGUUAUUAAUUCAUUUAUUCAUGUGUUAAUGUAUGGAUAUUAUAUGCUAUCAGCAUUUGGACCACAUAUGGAAAAAUAUUUAUGGUGGAAAAAAUAUUUAACACGGCUACAAUUGAUACAAUUUUGUAUUGUAUUUGUACAUAAUGCACAACAUUUUUUUAUUGAUUGUAAUUUUCCAAAAUCACUUGCUGCUUUAUUGUGUCUUAAUAGUGGAGUGUUUAUUUAUUUAUUUGGAUCAUUUUAUAUUAAAACAUAUUUAAAAAAUAAAAAUGACGAAAAAGAAUUUAAGAAAAAUAAUAAUAAUUGUAAUAAGAUUGAUGAUUAUAAAAAUGAUAAAAAAUCAAAAUGAUUUUAUUGAUUUAUCGAUCAUAAAAAUUACAAAUUCAUUUUCAAUCGGUUAUUUACCGACGAAAAAGCUAUUAUUUUAUUUUUUUGAAAUUAUUUAUCAAUAAUUUGAAAAUGUACUUUUUAUUUAAUUUAUAAUAAUUAAAUAUAAUUUUUUUUUUUUUCGUUUAAUUUGUAAAUAUAAUAUAGUUAUUAGUUGAUUUUUUUUAUUCGAAAAAUGAUGAAAUUAAAGACGAUUGUUUUAGCUGAAUGUUUCGAGUAUUUAAAUUUUAAUUUAUAACAAAAAAAAUAUAUUGUUAUUAUAAAAGUGUUCUUAAUUUUUAAGAUUAUUUUUUAAAUGUAUAAAUAUUUUAAGAUGACAUGUAUGCCUUGGUAACAAAAGGGCCAAGUUGAAAUUUUUCUAAAAAAAUUCACAUUUUGUUUAUAAAAAAAAAAAAAAAGGUUUAGAUUUUUUUUAAUGAAUUUUCGAUAGAUAAAUUUAAGGAGCUUGUAAAAAAAAUAAAUAACAAAAAGAUACUUGUUCAAGAUAUUUGCGAAAAAAAAAUUGUAAUAAUGAUAUGCAGAUUUGUUGUAAUCUGUUAAUUAAUUCUGUUAAUUUUUACAUCUAAGUUUAUAAAAAAAAUUCCGCAACCAAUUAAUUACAGAUUUUUGUUAUUUUUUUUUUUUUUUUUUGUUAAAUUUAAAGCGAUGAUAUUUUAAAUGAUAUUCAAGUUCAUGAAAAUUACAUACAACUAUUUAUGUAAUAAAAAAAUUACCAUAAAAAAAAAAACUAAUGAUUAUACAUAAAAAAAAAAAAAUUAGGAAUUUCCGAGGUGUUGACCCGAAAUAUCUGCAUGUUAUUUAUUUAAGAAAUUAAAAAUUUUAUAAUUGUAAAUUAUUUAAUAAUUUUUAUAUGUAAAAAUUAUAACUGAAUGAUUUUUUUUUUUUUUAAUUCAUAUUAAUUUAAAUAAAAAAUGUCAAAUAAAAUAACAUUACUUGAACAUUGAUUUAAAAAAUAAGUUAAUAUUAUUUUAAAUAAUUUAAUUUAACAGUGUUAUAUAUAAAAAAUAGAUAUUUAAUAAAUUUAUUUUACAAUACACA